UAUAGUCCAAUGUUGUUGGAUCGCAAUUAUGUUGAUUUGAAAAAUCAAGUUAUCAAAGCAGAACGGAAACUUCUCAAUGCAUUGGGCUUCGUUGUGCAUGUAAAUCACCCACAUAAAUUAAUCUACGCGUACUUGUUAGCAUUGGGAGGACUUGGAAACCAUGAACUGACGCAAAGAGCAUGGAAUUAUAUGAAUGAUGGCCUUCGAACGGAUAUUUUUUUGAGGUAUCAUCCCGAGACAAUAGCCUGUGCUUGUAUCAAUUUGGCAGCAAGUACCAUAUCGAGAGCUCUAGCGUUACCUCGUCAUCCAUUUCCUUGGUAUGAAGCUUUUGGCGCGAGUGAUCGUGACAUAAAGGCAAUAUCGCUGAUUUUAUUGCAAUUGUAUAAAAGAUCUCGAGCACCGAAUUGGUCUCGCCUAAAUGAGAUUUUGAAUAAAUUGCGGUUCGGUCCAGAUUCUGUAUUUGCAAAGGCCCAGAAAGUGGAAAAGAUCGCAGAUAAAGAAACUGAAAGAGCGAAAGCAAUUCUUGACAAAAAGCGUAAAGAAAUUAUAUCAAAGGCUGCUGAAAUGGAAAAGAAGCAGAAUGGUCGAUUAAAGGAAAAGGAUGGUAUUCGAAGAGAGCGAUCUAAUGAUGGAGAAUAUGGUACAUCAAAUGGACGUUUUUUCUCCUCACCGACAUCCUCAAGGUCGCGGUCCAGGUCGCCUGUCGAACCGCGACGGUUUGUUUUUUUUUUACGCUUCUGCUAA